UCCUAAUCUACUGACUGAAAAAUAUCGGUAGGUAAUACUGAAGAUUUCAAUACACCUAGCAAAUAGGAAGAAGGCGGAACCGGAGAGUCCGCCAUCCCUGCCUUUUAGUGGCUAAAGCAGUUUUGGCGCGCUUAGCGCUAAGGAUUGUGGGUAGUCCUGGGGCUGGUUGCGUGAGAGGGGUUGGGUGAGGGUCUUACAAGUAGGAGCCGUCAUGUCGGGGGAAGAAGACGACCCUGCUGGGGACGCCCAGUGCCAAGUACGGGCCGCCAUCGACCAUCUCUGUCAGGAGCUCAACUUGGAUACUAGCAGCGCCGCCGAGGCCCUUCGGGACUUCACUGCACUGCGAGGCACCUACAGCCUGGAGGGGGAAACAGUACAUUGGUUGGCCUGUGCUCUCUAUGUCGCUUGCCGUAAGAGUAUUAUCCCCACUGUAGGAAGUGGCCUGAGGGAAGGAAACUGUGUCUCACUGACUAGGAUACUGCGCUCAGCAAAACUAAGUUUAAUUCAGUUUUUUAGUAAAAUGAAAAAGUGGAUGGACAUGUCAAAUUUGCCUCAGGAGUUUCGAGAGCGAGUGGAGAGGCUGGAGAGAAAUUUUGAGGUGUCCACAGUAAUUUUCAAGAAGUUUAAGCCAAUAUUUUUGGUCAUAUUUAAAAAUCCUUAUGAAGAACAACCAAAGCUGCAAAGAAGCAGAAAACAGAGACGGGUGCCCUGCAGUGUUAAAGACCUAUUCAACUUUUGUUGGACACUAUUUGUUUAUACAAAGGGUAAUUUCAGUAUGAUUGGAGAUGAUUUAGUGAACUCAUACCAUUUGCUUCUAUGCUGCUUGGAUUUGAUUUUUGCAAAUGCACUUCGGUGUCCACAUAAGAGAGAUUUAUUGAAUUCAUCUUUCAAAGGUUUGCCACAAGACUUCCAUUCUGCUGACUUCAGGACUUCUGAAGCCCCUCCAUGCAUUAUUGCCACACUCUGUGAAUUACACGAUGGUCUUUUGGUAGAAGCUAAGGGGAUAAAGGAACAUUACUUCAAACCAUAUAUCUCAAAGCUCUAUGAUAGGAAGAUUUUAAAAGGAGACUGUCUUUUGGAUCUUAGUAACUUUGCAGACAACAACAAAGCAUUGAAUAAGGAAUAUGAAGAAUUUGUUCUGACAGAAGGAGACUUUGAUGAGAGAGUUUUCUUAGGGGCAGAUGCAGAAGAAGAAAUUGGAACUCCUCAGAAGUUUUCUACUGAUAUGCCAUCUGGGAAGGUGAUGACAAAAGUUCACAUGGAGUGUUACCUUCAACAGCAUUUUGAGAAGAAAAGAUCCUUUGCACCCUCAACUCCCUUGACUGGCAGGAGAUACCUUAGAGAGAAGGAACCAGUGAUUACUCCUGUUGCUUCUGCAACACAGAGCGUAAGCCGGUUACAAAGCAUUGUGGCAGGGGUGAAAAAUGCACCAAGUGAACAGCUUAUAGCUAUUUUUGAGUCUUGUAUACGAAAUCCUAUGGAAACUAUAAUGAACAGAAUGAAAGACAUAGGUGAAGCUUUUUGUCAGAACUAUACCCGGUCAACUGAUGAUCAGCCAGGAUCUCACAUAGAUUUUGCUGUUAAUCGAUUAAAACUGGCAGAAAUUCUUUAUUAUAAAAUCUUGGAAACCGUAAUGGUUCAAGAAAUACGAAGGCUGCAUGGCAAAGACAUGUCUGCCCUUUUAGAGCAAGAUAUUUUCCAUCGUUCCUUGCUCGCAUGUUGUUUGGAAAUUGUGCUGUUUGCAUAUAGUUCACCACGAACUUUCCCCUGGAUCAUUGAGGUUCUUCAUCUCAGGCCAUUCUAUUUUUAUAAGGUGAUUGAAGUAUUGAUUCGAUCAGAAGAAGGACUCUCUAGAGAUAUGGUAAAACAUCUCAACAGCAUUGAGGAACAGAUUCUUGAAAGCCUAGCCUGGACAAAAGAUUCUGCUCUGUGGGGUGCCCUCCAAGCAUCAGAAAAUAAGGUUCCUACCUGUGAAGAAGUAAUAUUUCCAUGUAAUUUUGAAACGGGGAAUGGAGGAAGAGGACUAGGACAUCUUCCUAUGAUGCCAGUAUCUCCCAUAGUGCAUCCUCGAUUAAAAGAGGUUCGAACAGAUCUUGGGGGAAGUCUUAGACGGGACAUGCAACCAUUGUCUCCAAUUUCUGUUCAUGAUCGUUAUAGUUCUCCUGUGGCAGGAAGUGCUAAGAGGAGGCUUUUUGGAGAUGAAAGCCCAAAAGAAAAACCAGCAGAUAAAAAUGUGACUGAAGGGACUAGACUGAAAAUUGCCCCAAUGUCAAGCUUUAUUGAUGAAAAUGUGUCUGUGUCAACGGAGCAGACAAUUCUUGCCAUGGCAACAGCUACAGUAACAGGACAGAAAAUUACUUUGCAUGGUUUUGCAAAUGAUACUGGAGGGAUCACUUUACUACCCAUUUCAGUCAACUUAUCUGAAGAAUCUAAAGUGGACAGCCAUGGACAAGUGCCCCUCACUGCUCAAGCUUUAAUCAGUGUGUCCCCAAGUCAACCUCAUAUGACUCAAGCACAAGAGGCAUAUCAGUCAGCAGGAAGCAAGCCAAAGAAAACUGGAUCUCUGGCACUCUUUUUCAGAAAGGUGUAUCAUCUGGCAAGUGUGCGGUUGCGUGAUCUGUGCUUAAAACAGGAUGUUUCCAUUGAUUUGCGCAGGAGAAUAUGGACAUGUUUUGAAUUCACGUUAGUUCAUUGUACAGAUCUAAUGAAAGAUAGGCACUUGGAUCAGCUCCUCCUCUGUGCUUUUUACAUUAUGGCAAAGGUGUCCAAAGAGGAAAGAACUUUUCAGGACAUAAUGAAAAGCUAUAGAAACCAGCCACAAGCAAAUAGCCAUGUCUACAGAAGUGUUUUACUGAAAAAUGUGUCUACAGAGGUAGCAUUAGAUAUAAAACAAGAAGAGAUGUCACAAGAAGACUCCCCCAGGAAGAUGAACUGUUUACCUAUAAGAACAAAAACAGAAAUUUCCAAAGACUUGGAAAAGGAGGAGAGAGGGGAUCUAAUAAAAUUUUACAACACCAUCUAUGUAGGAAGAGUGAAAACCUUUGCACUGAAAUAUGAUGCUUCCAGCCAUGAUAAUGUGACAUCAAUCUUGGAAUAUUGCCUUCCCGUGGAAAUUGAAAGAACAUUUAAUGAAGGAAAUUUAAAUAAGGGCAACUUUACUCCAGUUAUGGCAGACUCACUGAAUUUUACUUCCUUGGUGAAUGAUGAAGAUAGCAGAGAGCUCCAGCUGGGAGAGUUUCCAGAUACUUGUGAUCAAGAACAGAUGGGCAAUUGGUCUCUUUUCCCAGAAUUCACAUGCAGAAAUUAUUUUUUAUCAUCUCCUGAAGAUGGCACAUUUUUGCACACUUCUGGCACUGUACAGCAAGACAACUCACUGGUGGAAGCACCUCCCCUUUCCCCUUUUCCUAGCAUUAAACAACCACCAGUGUCUCCUCGACGGAUAUCCCAGCAACAUUCUGUUUAUGUUUCACCACAUAAGAAUAGUGCUUGCUUGACACCCAAGACCGCCCUAUUAUAUAAAUUUAAUGGGAGCCCUUCUAAGAGUUUGAAGGAAAUCAACAAUAUGAUAAAACAAGGAGGGCAGAGAGCUAAGAAGAGAGCAAUAUCAAUUGACAGUGACACAGAAUCACCAGCAAAGAGACUGUGCCAGGAGAAUGAUGAUGUUUUACUUAAACGUCUUCAGGAUGUUGUCAGUGAAAGAGCAAAUCGUUAGGUCCACAGGAAUACUGGGGGGACCAAAGCUUGUUCAGAUCUAUCUUGUGUAGCUCAAAACACUGCCCUCUCUUUCAGCUUCCUAUUUUGCUUAUGGUAGGAAGAUGAUGGACUAAUCAAAGCAUUGAAAUGUACUGGUUUUUUGAUACUUCCUUUUUAAAAGUGAAACUUAACAGGUUUUGAUCUUUCAUCCUACAGCUUAUGAAUGUUAUAUAGCAGCAUUCUGUAUAUAAAAUGUGUACAGAAGUUUCUUUGAAAGCUAUAAAAGUUGUGUAUUUUAACAUUUCAUGUAUAUUUGAACAGUAGCAAACCAUUUAAACUCAAAUAACUCCAGUGGUAAAUGCUAACUGAUGAAUGUUCCAAUGCAGAUUAGAAGUUGUGCAUUUUUUAAGUAGCUAAUUGCUUUUUAAGUUAUAUUUUGAAAGUUGGAGCCAAUUCUUAUUAUGUGGUCCAGGAUUUUCAUGCUGCAAACCAUCACAUGUUAGGGAAGUAAUAACCAGUCAGUCAUUCCUUAGGGUGCAAUCCAACUUGUCGAAGGCUGGCAGAAGUGGAGCUGGUGAAAGAGGUCGCCACAUCCAUCUACGUUCAGGAGCUGCUGGGAGGGGAGGAUGCUGGCUGUGCCUGCAGGGCGCAGUGGAGGAAACUAAAUACAUGUUCUUUCCGCCACUCCUUUUACUGGCUGCCAGGACAGGGCCACAGAAUUGAGCCAAACAGGCUCAGGGUGUGGCAUACUUUAUCCUCCCCUUGGUUCUGCCCCCAACUCAUGCUGCAAUGCCCCUUUUUCAGGCCUUCUGCUGGCUCCACGCUGGCCCAAACAGGCCUGGUGGGGGUGUUCUGCAGCUGCGUCCAGGGUGAACUUCUGCCAGCAGAGCCCGCCACCCUACAUCCUUCCUCCUCUGGCGCAGCUACACAGCAUCCUGAAGCCCCUCAGCCUGGUGUAUCUACCAGGAGAAUUGUGCCCUUAGUGUGAUUAUUCUCUUGGUUUGAAGUUCACUUCAAAAAUACAUUGGUUUUUAUUCUUUAAAAGAAAAUUAUUACCUUCUGUGCAUUAUUUUAAUGUGAAGUAAGUAGGACAGUAUAUAAUGUUUACUUUUAAUGAUUCACGUGGUUAAACCAGAUGUUUGCUAUUUCUUGGUGGAAUGAAAAGGUGUCACCUUUUAAUCAGAUGCUUGGAUAGUGUUUUGAUUUUGAAUCAUGAGCAUAACGGUAAAGUGCUGUACUCUUAGCUGCAGCUACAAUGGCAAACUUAUUGAAACAGGGAUUGGGAUUGUUGCUUUUUGGAUUUUGCUUUUGCUGCUGAUACAACAGCAAAAGUGAAAGUGGUAUUCAGUCUUUUAUCACAGCCUGUAUUGGGGAAAUGUCUAUUCUUUUGCUACCUCAUCUGAAUUUGCUUUCUUAAAGAGGCAGUGAGUUCUGCUUUUAGACAGAAGCGCUCCUUGUAACUCCCAGAGUUUACAGUGCAAUCUCUGUAGUGCUGCUAACCUACAUACUGUACGCCACUUGUGAAACCAGGUCGCUCACACUCUUCAGUUGCUGUGUUAGUUCAUCCUCUAACAUGGCUGUUCACACUUGAUGAACUUGGCUAUACAUUACUACUGCUUGCAAAGGAAGCAGCUGUCUCUGUCUCACAUUCCAAAGACCUUAUUCCUGCAACUGUCCCAAUAUGCAGGGAAAGCUGCAGUGAUUUGAAGCACUGACUGAGCCUUUCUCUUCUCUUAGGUAGAAAAAAAUAUCCCCACCAGGACAUAGGAGUAGGAAAACCACCAUGCCUGAGGGGAAGUAGUCAUGUUUAUAGCUUGAGAAUUAACUGGUCCCCCAUACACAUUGUAAUGUUUAUGGGGAAUUAUUUUUUAAAAAACAAUUCAGCAAGCAACAGGGUACUUUGGACAAUACAUUGUUCUUAGGACUUGCUGGGGCUCUCACUCCUUCUGAAGAAGACAGGAACAAAUGAGGAUUGAGCCAGUGCUUUAAUCCACUCCAUCUUUUCUACCUGUUGGACUACUUGAUGGCAGGAAACCUUUGGUAUUCUAAACAGUCAGAGCUGGUUGCUUCUCCUAUGAACAGCUACUAUUUGUAGCCAGUGUUAUUAGAUUCCUGUUGUUAGCUCCUAUCCCGAAAAGCAUAAUUUUGCUUGUGUAGUAUCUACACAAAUGUAAGCCUUGUUGAAUUGGGUGUAUUUGUAUAUAAGAUGAUUAUGUAACUAUUGUAGGGGUUUAGUCUUUGUUUUCUGUCAUUGGCAAGGGGUACCAACUUUCAACCCUUGAUGCUAAAAGGUCUCUAAAGAAUGCAUUUGUCUAGGGGCGCAAUCCAACUCGUUGGAGGGUGGCAGUCGCAGAGGUGGUGGAAGUGGCUACCACAUCCAACCUCCAUUCAGGAGCCGCUGGGAAGGGAGGAUGCUGGCUGUGCCAGCAGGACUCAGUGGAAGGAAACAAAAUGCAUGUUCCUUUCCUCCACCCCUUUCCUGGAGUAUCGGCUGCUGGGAUGGGAGAUGCAGGACCCAGUCGAAUGGGCUCAGGAUGUGGUGUAAGUUCCCCUCCCCUUAGUUCCACCCCCAGAACACCCCUUUUUCAGGCCUUGCACCAGUCUUGGCUGAGCCAGCUGGGCUCCAGCUGCACAUAGGAGGCAACAGAGUGCCCCAGCUGGGCUCCGGCUGCACACGGGGGGAAUUCUGCCAACAAAGCCUGGCUGCACUGAUACCCUUCUCCACAGCUACAUUGACACCCUUUCUCCUCCGCUGCAGUUAUGCUGUCCUGAAGCCACUCAGCCCAGUGUAACUGUCAGGAGGAUUGUGCCCUAGGAGUACUUUAUGAAAGCAUUGGAAAUGUAAAGGUUACCAGUUUGGCAUUCUGGGGAGAGAGUUGGUUAGUUGGACAAAUUGUUGAAUCCUCAGCCCUAUUGGGCUUAUGCUAGCAAGGCAGAAAGUGUGUAUGCAUUGUCUGUCUCUCUCUCUCACACACACAAACACACAAUUUCCCAUCUCAUUGGUCUUAAAGAAAGGGAAGAUAACUGGCGUCCCGUGACUGGCGUACUUUUCCCCCUUUAUCUGGGAGCAUGUUGGCCUUUAGUCAAGAUUUUGAUAUACUGAAGUUUACUAGUCUAAUGGACAAUAAGACCAAACAUUACCAACUAAUCUGAGAAACAAUUAUAGUGCUGUAUGACAGAAACCUAAGUAUAUUUGUGUUUUAAUAACUGGCUAGGGAAGGAAAAUUCCCAAGUGCUGCAAGAUCUAAAUAUUAUGCUUUAUAUAAAAUAAGUAGCCCUGUGGCAAUGACAGCUUUGAAAAAGAUAUGUUACUUUUUGAAGUUUGUUACAUUUUACAGUGUAGCAUAAAAAUACACUGAGCUCUAUACCCUUUUAGCUAGAUGUAGUUAUUUUAGUGCAUUUUUCCAGUUGGUUCCCAUGCAUGCUUUCUCAAUUUAUCUGCCCUCCAGACAUACUUGUAUUUUCAGGUCUUAUCUCAAAGGCUGAUGCUGACAUUUUUACUAAUAAUGAUUUGACUGGGUUGUAUUAACAUUUGUAUUAAUUAAUACAUUUGUAUUAAUUAGUUCAUUUACAAGAGGCUAUUGAUGCUCCAGAUUAAAUAUUUGGCUUGCUGGAAGAAAAUUAAACAUUUAUUAUAUUUUGGAAACAUCUUUGUAAAUAUGAAUCUUA